AUGGAGCCUCUAGUUGACCAUGAAACUAGAGGAUCCACAAUUAUUCUUUCUGUUUGUCUAAACUCUCUCAAGCCUCUCACUCAGCGCCGCGCACUACCUAUCUUGAGUAUCGCUUCCUCGGCAACACCUGGGCGGUUCCGACUUAUAGAUUGUGAUCAGUUUCUUUAUCAUCAUUCUUUGACUGUUCAUGAGUUCUACGAGUUCCCAGUCCCAGAAACUGCUUACGCUGCUAUUUCAUACAUCUGGCGAGGAAAUAGUGUCGAUGAAAGUCUGGUUGGCGCAAGGUUUUCCAUCGCUGGAGCCGAGGAUGGCGAUCCUGUUGGCGUAGAAGUCCUCAGACACGCAUGCACGGCAGCACUCCGGCACAACGUUAGGUACAUUUGGCUGGAUCGCCUGUGUAUUAUGCAGACAGAAAAAAAUGACAAGAACUGGCAACUUCAACAUAUGUUUCGGAUAUAUGAAGGCUGCGCAGUAUGUUUCAUCUUCCCUGGUGGCAUCCAGCGUCUCGUCUGCCUCGAUGAGCCGACCGCGUGGAUCCACCGCGCGUGGACACUACAAGAAGCUCUUGCCCCACCCUGCGUCGAAGUAGUAUAUAGAUGGACUCUUGGACGUGGG